AUGCCAGCAGACUCGAGGCAGCAGGCCAUCUCCGACGGCGAGCUGGCUGAGAUAUUCGCUUUUGCUAUCCAGCUGGGCAGAGACGCGGGACAGAUCCUCCUGAACAGUCUGCAGCGGAGGCGGUGGGAUGGGGACGACAAGGACAAAGACAGGAGGAGCAGCAAGAACCCCGGCAACGAUGACCACCACCACCACCACCACCACCGGUUACCAGAAGAACUGGUGAUGCAAGAGAAGCUCAACGCCGUCGACAUCGUGACGGCCACCGACACCGAGGUCGAGGAAUUCAUCCACUCGUCCAUCUCCCAGCGGUACCCUGCGCACGACUUUGUCGGCGAGGAGAUGUACUCCCGGGGGUCGUCGAGGGAGUACCUGGUGGGACGCGAGGGGCGGCCGACGUGGGUGGUGGACCCGCUGGACGGCACGGUCAACUUCACGCACGGGUUCGGCAUGUUCUGCGUGAGCAUCGCGCUGGUGGUCGACCAAGAACCCGUGGUCGGGGUCGUCUAUGCGCCGCUGCUCAACCAGCUGUUCUCGGCGUGUCGCGGUCGAGGGGCCUGGUUGAACGAGACGACCCGGCUGCCGCUGUUGGGCCGCCAAGGGGUAGGGCCCAUGCCACCAGACGCGCCCUCGAAAUGCAUCUUCGCCUUCGAAUGGGGCAAAGACCGUCGCGACACCGCCGACGGCAACUUGCACCGCAAGGUCGACAGCUUCGUCAACAUGGCGUCCGAGGUCGGUGCAAGGGACGGAAAGGGCGGCAUGGUCCACGGCAUGAGAAGCCUAGGCAGCGCGACCAUGGACCUAGCCUACACGGCCAUGGGCAGCUUUGAUAUCUGGUGGGAAGGCGGGUGUUGGGAGUGGGACGUCGCGGCGGGCAUUUGUCUGCUCAAAGAGGCCGGGGGCUUGGUCACCACGGCAAACCCGCCUGAAGACUGGGAGACUGCCGAGAUUAUCGACGCCAAGUUGGGAGGCAGGCUGUAUCUUGCCAUUCGACCCGCCAGCGAUGGUCCAGGUGGCGAGACGGCACGGCAAGGCCAGGAGAGAUGUAUCAGGGAAGUUUGGAGGAGGGUCAGGAGGUUGGACUAUUCUAGGCCGGGGGCUUGA